AGCGGUCGCAAAAAGCGGUGUAGCGAUAGUUUUAUAAUGGCGGUUGAAAAUGGCAGCCUCCUCAGCGUCAGACAAUGAACUUAACAUUCUGCCUUACGUUUAUGAAGUUAUUAAAAGUAUUGAAAAGGACACAAGUGAUGUUGCACAGAAGAUGAUAGACUUGAAAUCACAGUUUCAAAGAGCAAGAGAGUGCAUUGACAGACUUCCCGGCACACAAAAUAGCCAAGAAGAGCAAUUAAGAAUUAAAUCAAUAUUACAUCAGCAACUUCUAAUCAAAACAAAACUUUUGCUAGAGUACAAAAACAACAGCAGUUUUUUAUUUAAUGUAAAGAACGAGGGUGAAGUUCCCAGCAGCAGCUAA